UGAGGCUGCGGGUCAGUGAGGGUGUUGGGCACGCGUCGCUGCCGCCGGGGUGAGGCGGGUGCUCCCUGCGCGACUGGGUAUCAGUGCCUCGGCCUCGCCAUGCCGCCGCCGCCGGGACAGACCCGGCUCCCGGACUGGGAUGGCCUGAAGCUCCGCGUGCGGACCCUCAUCGCCUCUCACCGCGUCAUGAUCUUCAGCAAGAGCUAUUGCCCGUACUGCAAUAAGGUGAAAGAACUCUUUCGUUCUCUGAGGGUGGAUUAUUACGCUUUGGAACUUGAUGUAACUGAGGAUGGACCCAGUAUUCAGCAAGUGUUAGCAGAGCUAACUAAUCAGAGGACAGUGCCUAAUGUAUUUGUGAAUGGAACUCACAUAGGUGGCUGUGAUUCAACAUACCAGGCUUAUCAAGAUGGAUCACUGCAGAAACUUCUUGGGGAUAAAGAUGUGGAACCCUAUGAUUAUGACCUCAUUAUUAUUGGUGGUGGUUCAGGUGGACUUGCGUGUUCCAAGGAAGCUGCUACUUUGGGAAAGAAAGUAAUGGUAUUAGAUUAUGUUGUUCCAACACCACUUGGAACCUCGUGGGGGCUUGGUGGCACAUGUGUAAAUGUAGGUUGCAUUCCUAAGAAGCUAAUGCAUCAAGCAGCACUUCUGGGUCAGGCUCUCCAAGAUUCAAGGAAAUACGGGUGGCAAUAUGAAGAACAAGUUAAACACAACUGGGAGGUCAUGGUAGAAGCAAUUCAAAACUACAUUGGUUCUUUAAACUGGGGCUACCGAGUGUCCUUAAGAGAGAAGUCUGUGACAUACCUCAAUUCUUAUGGAGAAUUUGUUGAACCACACAAAAUUAAGGCAACUAAUAGAAAAGGACAAGUGACCUAUCACACAGCAGAGACUUUUGUCCUGGCAACAGGAGAGAGGCCUAGAUAUCCAGGUAUCCCUGGAGAUAAAGAAUACUGUAUUACCAGUGAUGACCUCUUCUCUCUGCCUUACUGCCCUGGCAAAACUCUAGUUGUGGGUGCUUCCUAUGUGGCCCUGGAGUGUGCAGGAUUUCUUGCUGGUCUAGGUCUAGAUGUCACAGUGAUGGUGCGUUCCAUACUUCUUCGGGGCUUUGACCAGGAAAUGGCAGAAAGAAUAGGUGCUCACAUGGAAACACACGGCGUAAAGUUCAUCAGGAAGUUUGUACCUGUUCAGGUUGAACAGCUGGAGGAAGGCAUGCCUGGAAGACUCAAAGUGACAGCAAAGUCUACUGAGGGACUAGCAAUCUUUGAAGAAGAAUAUAACACUGUUUUGAUAGCCAUUGGCCGUGAUGCAUGUACCAGAAAUAUUGGAUUAGAGACCAUUGGUGUCAAAAUCAAUGAAAAGAAUGGGAAAGUACCUGUAAAUGAUGAAGAACAAACCAAUGUGCCUUAUGUUUAUGCUAUUGGAGAUAUACUAGAGGGAAAGCUUGAACUUACCCCAGUGGCCAUUCAAGCAGGGAAACUGCUGGCCCGCAGGCUUUAUGGUGGUAGCUCCACAAAGUGUGACUAUAUCAAUGUACCAACGACAGUGUUUACUCCUUUAGAGUAUGGCAGCUGUGGGUUACCUGAAGAAAGAGCCAUAGAAGAAUAUGGGAAGCAAAACUUGGAGGUUUAUCACAGUUUGUUCUGGCCACUUGAAUGGACAGUACCAGGCAGAGAUAACAAUACUUGUUAUGCAAAGAUUAUCUGCAAUAAACAUGACAAUAAUCGUGUGAUAGGAUUUCAUGUCCUUGGACCUAAUGCCGGUGAAGUCACUCAAGGUUUUGCUGCUGCAAUAAAGUGUGGUCUCACCAAAGAAUUACUUGAUGAAACAAUUGGUAUCCAUCCAACUUGUGCAGAGGUGUUCACGACGAUGGAUGUUACAAAAGCUUCAGGACAAGACAUCAGUCAAAGGGGCUGCUGAGGUUAAAACUGCUGUUUUACAUGUUUCCAUGUUGUGCACAUUGAGUUCUGUGGAAGCUCUAAUACAUCAAAAUAAACAUUUGCAUCAGUACCACUGUAUGUACUGCAGCUGAGGCUUCCUCACUUUAGUGUUGCAAAUGGAAACAGUAAUACAGCAGGGAAAUCUUGAACUGCUAAUCCUGACUUUGCUUGGAAUCAGCACCACGGUGCUUUUUUUGAUGUUAUGGCUCUUAACCUCGCUGUGAGGUGAGCUCUAACUGAUGCCUGCCAUGCAUGGUUGGGAGAGCUUUGUCUAGUCAAGUGACUGAACUCCUCCUGAAGGAAAUUCUUAAGUUGCACAAAUUAAAGCUAAUGUUUCUAGGCUCCAGUGUCUUGUACAAAUGCCUGAGAUAGAGGACAAAUAUAUAAUUGAAUGAUUCUUGCCAACAGUUUACAGUUGACUGAUUUAUCUUUUUAAUGCAUUUUGUUUUACUUAAUUGCAUAUUCAGUUGAGGCAAGAUAGCACAAAUUGGAUGAAAUGUUGAGCAGUGCAGUUCAAGCACUAGUCUCCCAUCUUGACCAGUCUAAAACUUGAAAGUAAUGUAAGACACUGCUGUUGUUCAAAUUCAUAGGUAUUUGACCACAAGUGAUGACAUGUCUUAAAGAUAAUUUGAAUUGUGGGGAUCUUGUGUAUUGGGGUUGAAGAGCAUGAGCACAAGACUUUGUUAAUUUGCUCUUGCUGUUUGUGACUGUACUGCUGACUUCAGAUUGGGUUCCAGCUCUGUAAUGUAAAACAUCACAGAACCCAAAACUGUGAGUCUUUACUCUUAUGUGUGGAGUUAUUGGAGUUUCAAAGGAGCAGAGACUGAGAAUAAUCUGUCCCACUAAAAAAGUAGGUGCCUGCCCAUGAUGGUAGUAAGCAUUGUAUGAAAUUCCUCUUUGAAGCAUGUGUUGGAGCAAUGACUUGGUGUGCUAUCAUGCUUUGUGUAGUAGUGUGUACAGUCAGUACUCUGAAGCUUUCUUCCACUCCUAGCAUUUUGCUCUGGAGGAACUGUGCUUGAGUUUGGCUCUUAGUUUUGUCCAAUUAGAUGUUUUGAAAUACUAUUCUGAACACUGUAUGAUAGUCAACAGUUUUUAACUAUUUAAUCUAUGAUGUACUGUGGAAAUUGAAGUUCAAUAAACAACACAUAAAGCA